GUUUGACCCGCACGAUGAAAAGCUGUACGUGCGCUACAUGAGUUUUACUGCGAAAAGUACAGCAAUUUUACAUGUGGUCGAGACGAUGGAGUCAGAAAUAAAAUAACAGAGGCGACGGAAGCCCCAGGUCUCUGUAGGACUCCAUCAAGCCGAGGGGGCCGCAACAGAAAUGGCAAACCUGAACUGGAAGCCGUUUGUCUACGGGGGAAUGGCCUCAAUUGUUGCAGAAUUCGGUACCUUCCCUAUUGAUCUGACAAAAACACGGCUGCAGGUUCAAGGGCAGACCCACUGUAUGGAGGUCCGCUAUCGGGGCAUGUUCCACGCUUUGUUCAGGAUUGGACAGGAAGAAGGCAUCCGGGCAUUAUAUUCUGGGAUUUCCCCCGCACUGCUUCGUCAGGCAUCAUAUGGGACAAUCAAGAUUGGUACAUACAACACACUAAAGAAACUGUUUGUUAGUCAUCCUGAAGAUGAGACCAUGGUGAUUAAUGUGUUCUGUGGUGUAGUUUCUGGUGUUUUGUCAUCCUCUUUGGCAAAUCCUACUGAUGUGCUAAAGAUCCGAAUGCAAGCUCAAGGCAGUCUGUUACAUGGCAGUAUGAUGUCCAACUUCAUCAGCAUUUACCAGACAGAGGGCACUCGAGGCCUGUGGAGAGGUGUCAUUCCCACAGCACAAAGAGCGGCCAUUGUGGUGGGUGUGGAGCUACCGGUCUAUGACAUCGCCAAAAAGCACCUGAUUCAUUCAGGGCUGAUGGGAGACACAAUCUUCACACAUUUCAUUUCCAGUUUCACGUGUGGUCUGGCUGGGGCUCUGGCCUCCAACCCAGUGGACGUUGUGAGGACACGUAUGAUGAACCAGCGCAUGCUUGCUGGUAACCCGAUGUACAAAGGUACCCUGGACGGGCUCAUGCAGACCUGGAAAAAUGAGGGUUUCUUUGCCCUUUAUAAAGGCUUCUGGCCCAACUGGCUGCGUCUGGGGCCUUGGAAUAUAAUUUUCUUUAUCACAUUUGAGCAGCUGAAGAAGCUUCCAUUGUAGCUGAGUAAGUCGCUAGUCUGGACUAUGUGCAUGUAUGUGAGGCUUCAUUCAUUAAGCGUUCACCAUCCCAUCUCCAUCACUUACCUGUAUGUUUAUUUAAGAACUUGUUUUAUUUUCAUCCUCUUUUGUAUUUGUACAUAUUUCAUAUUUUAAGACACUCAUUUUUGUACCUAUAUGCCUGAUUUUUCAAUCCUGGCAGCUAUUGUCCAUCAGCACCAUGCUCUGUAGCCAGGUGGAGUUACAAUCAUGUACACUUGGCCAGCCUGUAGCCACACAGGUGUACAUUUGAGGCAAAGGGCUAUAGGUUAAAAUGGAAACCACCAGGCAUUGUUUCUUGCCAUUGGCUUGGGAGUUUGGCAUCUUUUUGUGCAUAGCAUUGUAACAAAUGUUUCUGAGGACUCGUCCAACAGAUGGAAAUGUAGGAGAUGUUUAGUGAUUAACUGAAUGCUGUUAGUGGAAAUAUGUUCUGUUUCAUAUCAGAACUCCUAGAAAUAUUUGAGGUCAGCAUGCUCCAAAUGUGGCAUAACAAUUACAAUGGUAUUCAUUAGUUAUGGCGUCAAUAACAGGAAAUGCCUUUUUGUGUUAUGCACACAGUGCAGACAUGAUUGGUUGUCCAUGUUUCAAAUCAUGAAUUGUUGAAUCCUUUGAACACUUGUGUGCUCAAAGCGUUUCCCCCCUUAUAUUCAAAAAGUCUGUAAUAGUUUGUGCUGAGCUUGAACACCAAUUUCCAAGCACCUGUUUAAAGAUUAAAAUAUUAGCACAUACAGAGCUUUAUAUUUUAAAUCAGACUAUGUGGAAAAACAGGGUGGGUUGCAUUUGGGUGCUCGCCUCAUUGCCAAAGACUGCAUGUAUUGAAACAGAACUGUACUGUUGUUGCUGAGUUUUUAAAAGUGACACAUUAUUAUUAAUAUUGGUAAAGUACAGUUAUAUAUGCAUAACUGUUUGUCAUCUAUAUUUCAAGCCUUAUCAGUUCCUGCUUUGAUAUGUAUGCCUUCUACUGAUCUGUUUCUGCCUUGUAUUGUGCUUAACAAAUCGAAGAAUUAUAUAUUUAUUUUGCACCUUUGUUCAUAACUUGUAACAUGCUCAUAAAUAAAUCAAGCUGUAUUGUACACUUCUAAUCAAACAAUAUGUCUUAUGUAUUAAAUGUUUUCGUAAAGAAAUAGCUCACACAAAAAUGUUCAAAUGUGUUGUUUACCUCUUGCUGUUCCAAACUUGUAUGACUAUCUACCUUGAAACGUGACAGGAGAUGUUAAGUAGAAUUACAGCAUCAGUCACUACUUGCUUUAAUUCCAUCCUUUUCCAUGCAACCAAAGUAAUUAGUGAAGUAGGCUGGCAUUCUGCCCUAUAAGGCUGUCAAAUUAAUAUAAUAAUAUAAAAUGCAAAUAUUCGGUAACAUUUAGAAGGAAAAAAAUGCACAUUGGAAUGCUUAAAUGGUGCAUUUGAAUUUUUAUUGUGUGCCAAACAUUUACGAUGACCUUUUGGACUGUUCAGACCGAUCGCAUUCUUGCGCUAGAAAAAGCUAGGUGCCGCGCAACAAAUGUCAAAACGCAGGUGACUCUAAAGGCGUUUUUAAAGGUUUCAGUUCUUUUCAACUUGACACCCCAUCUAAAAUAAACAUUGUUCCUUAACGAGACACUUAAAAAAUCUGUGAGAAAGCGGAGUAACGGUCAAUAACGUCCGUCUAGCGCAUGUUUACUUAAAACAUUCGAAAAAACGGCACUGACUGACUCAAUUUGUUCGGUGUGAAUGACCCUGCGUACACACGAAGUUGAGUCAAGUUUAACUUUAUUCAAAUGAAGAGAGAUUUACGGGAGCGACAGCCAAUACGAGAGAAGACGGUAGAGCUCACGUGAUCCUUCUCUCUCUCUCAGCUCCUGCAGUAAUCAGGGGACCCACCCUGUGCAGCAGCUCAUCAAACUGGUCCCUGUCAAGCCUGAAGUAAUGCUGGAACCGGACUUCAUCCAGCCGCAUCUCCUGUACCAGCCGGUGGUACUCACCGUGCUGACUCCGAGAUUGAAUGGUUUUGACAGACCGGCGUUUGCGUUUUCGCCGCAGAUAAACAACCGCUAAGAGCACGCCUUGUUUCUCGUUCGUCUUUGAUAUAAAGCAUUUUAUGUACUGAUUCCAUUUAUAUUUCGUCUUUUCCCUCCAAAAUGUUUGUUUUUAGCGGCAAGAAAAGUGAUUCGCUGUCAACAUCAACAAAGUCGCUGGCAGUGUACGCAGCAAUGUGUUUUAAAACUCAUUGCUUGUUGAAAGGAGUUUCAUUGGUCCACAAGAGGGUGCAACGAAUCUAGGCAACAGUGAUUAAACAAUCUGGUGAUCACUGACGUUGUUGCUUUUAUUUCCUAACUGAAAUAAUUUCUUUAAAAUUCAAAUUAAAUCAAAUAUAAUUUUAAUUAUGGUAAUAUUAAUGUUAAAAAAAAAUCAUUUAGUUUCUCAGCCCCGUUGACCGCCCUACUUUGGGUUGAAACAACAUGAGUGUGAAUAAAUGAUGAAUUUUCAUUUUUGAGUAAAUUAUCCCUUUAGUUAUAUGGGCAAACGUAUUUAUAUGACUAAGGGGUUGAGGUUAAUUAUGUGCUCUCCUGUUUGAUAUACAUGCUUCUAUGUUUUUCUUAAACUUUGGCUUUUGCUGGAUUGGUGAAGAGCAUGGUGCAUGAUGUUCUUCUCUGGUUAACUUGUGAAAAUGCUUAUUCCCAUGUGUAACAAAGACAAAAAAAAAAAAAACAAACACAUUAAUUCAUGCGCCAGUAUUUUCGCUUUAAUGUACUUUGAGCCUCUCCCAGAUCAAGGUCGAGAACCUCACAUUUUCUGCUAUUAUGUUCUCGCACUGUUUUAUUCAUUUUAUCAUAUGCUUAUUAUUUUACUUUGAAGAUCUCCAAUGAUUUUUUUUAUUCAGAGGAUAUUUAAUUUACAUUUGUAUUUCUAAAUGAAUAUACAGUUUAGUAGAGGUACUUUGAGUUUGUUAGAAGUUAAUUUCUUUUUAAAUGUAGGUCAUAAAAUGUACGUACAGCACGAUGAAUGUUCAGACUGCACAAUGUUGGAAUAAGUUGAAAAUGUACAAGUUGUAUUAAAAAUGCCCUUUUAGUGUUUUUUUUUCUUUUGCUUUGUCACAUGUAACUGUGCACCCUGACAAUAAAUAAAAUGUUC